UGACUUAGGAGAAGAGAAGACCCCAAAGAAUACGGGUCUCUGAAACCCUCUUCGUUCCGAAAAUCCUAACAAUGGCUGACCGUGACUUUCAGAGUUUAUCGUCUGCAUUCGAUUCCCUUCCAAUUCCACCUCUUGAUUCUAUGUUCACAUCCGAGGAAAACAACAACGUCAUGAGCUCCGAGACAUACAUGUCGGAUCUGGGGAUGGAGUUUGGGUUGAAUGAGAAUGCAGAUUUCGAUUUCACUUUUGACGAUCUGGAAGAUCUCUACCUCCCCUAUGAAACCGAACAAAUCCUCAUCUCCGACGGUGUUGAUGCGCUUCAACUGCCCAGUUCUGCCCCUGUUCAACCAGUUCAGCUCUCGAAUUCUUCGUCGCAGGACUCGGGCGCUUCCGGAAUUUCCGGAGAUCGGGGCUCCGAAGUUGCUAGAUUCCUGAAUUCCUCAGCGUCCGAGUCUGACCGCUGCGGCCUCGAGUCUUCUCCUCGUGUUUUUUCUGAUAAUUUCGGUGCUCAGUACUCCAGUGUCGAUAGGCUUUUGAAUGUUCAGUCUCUAGACUCUGGCGGUUGCGACCACGAGUUCUCGGGUGGCUCGGUAUCUUCGCAGGGUUCAGGGUACCGCCCUCCUUCGCCCGACAUGAUUGUCGUCGAUCAGAAGAUUAAGGUGGAGGACGAUAGGGGGUCGAAAAAUUGCUCGUCGAAGAGGAAGAAACAGCAGAACGAAGGGAACGCCAAGGAUUCGAGGACCACAAAGUACCUGAGGUCGUUGGAUAAUGCGGAUUCCAAUGGGACGACGAAUGGCGAGGAAGAGAAGAAGAAGACGACGAGGCUGAUGAGGAACCGCGAGAGUGCACAGCUGUCGAGGCAGAGGAAGAAGCACUACGUCGAGGAUCUGGAGGAUAAGUUGAGGUCUAUGCAUUCCAGUGUUUCCGAAUUGAAUUGUAAGUUAUCUUUUAUUAUGGCUGAGAAUGCCACUUUGCGCCAGCAAUUGAGUGGUGGCGCCCAUGUUGGAAUGGGUGCACCGCAAUCGGGAAUGUUCCUCCAUCCCGCGAUGGCGCCUAUGGGUUAUCCGUGGGUGCCAUAUCCGCCCUAUGUGGUGAAACCGGCAGGGUCUCAGGUUCCGUUGGUUCCGAUACCGAGACUGAAACCAAAGCAGCCCGUAUCGGCGCUAAAGACGAAGAAGUCGGAGACUAAGAAGAAUGAGGUGAAAACUAAGAAGGUUGCGAGUAUUAGUUUUCUGGGUUUAUUGUUUUUUAUCUUGCUCUUUGGUGGGCUGGUUCCUUUUUUGAAUGUUAGAUAUGGAGAAGUGGGGGGCAAAGUUCCUGGAGGAUUGGGCAAUGUUAAUUAUAGGUUCUUUGGUCAACACCGUGGUAGGGUUUUGAGUGUUAACACAGGUUCGAAUGGAUCUGUGGAAAGCGUGGCAGUUGGAUUUUCUAGUGGGGAAUCUGAUACUUAUAACAGAGUAACUUAUGAGAGAGGUCGCCUACAAGGGAAUGAGUGCGAACUUGAACGGAAAGGACAGCGACCACAGCCUUUACCAGGUUCUGAUGAAUCUAUUCGUCUCGGAAACGUUAGCGAGCCUCUUGUUGCUUCUUUAUAUGUGCCGAGGAACGAUAAGCUUGUGAAGAUUGAUGGCAACUUGAUAAUUUAUUCUGUUCUGGCUAGCGAGAAAGCUAUGGCAUUUCAAGAUACAUUUAGAAAGAAGAAUAAUAGAGAAACGGGUUUAGCAAUUCCUGGAGAUUUGGCUCCUGCAUUUGCAAUUCCUGAAGUCGGAGGGAAUAGAGGGAGACAAUCUCAUUCGUAUAAAAAUCCCACUGGAGGACAGAAGGCCCUUGCCUCCGGUUCUACUGAUACUUUGAAAGACCAUUUGAAGCCGACUGCAGCAGAUGGCAAACUGCAACAAUGGUUCCGUGAUGGCCUUGCAGGGCCAAUGUUGAGCUCCGGCAUGUGCACCGAGGUGUUCCAGUUUGAUGUCUCGCCAGCUUCCACUGCAGGGGCUGUAGUUCCAGCAUCCUCAGUUUCCAAUCGGUGGAAUGCUACUCGUGUUAACAGGGGGCGGAAUAGAAGGAUCCUUAACAAUCUUCCAGCACCCUUGGCAGGAUCCAAUUCUAACUUUACUGAAGAGCACAAUGGAAAACAAUCACAGAAGGAAGGCUUUCAAGGCAAUAAAUCUACUUCACCUAUGAUAGUUUCUGUGCUUGUUGAUCCCAGACAGGCCGGUGACGAUGAAGUUGAUGGCAUGAUCAAACCCAAGUCUCUUUCUCGGAUUUUUGUCGUUGUGCUUUUGGACAGAGUAAAGUAUGUCACUUACUCGUGUGUGCUUCCACGAGCUGUUCCUCAUCUUAUGACAACUUGAAAGUGGAUAAUUAGCUUUUGGAGAUACAGAACACUAGUCCAAUCCAACUCCAGCUCCCAGUUUUGUAUAUAACAGAAUAAUUAGCAGCAUCUAUAGCAGAAUUUCUACUCGGAAUUCAAUACUUUACUAACCUCGACUUGUUAUGUUA